AUUAGUAUAAUUAUGAUGAUUCCAGAGAAUAUGGACGAAGAAGGAUUAGAGUACCCAGAGGAUGAUCUUGAUCAGAUGCUUGAUGAUGAACUGGAGAUAAUGCGGGACCUGGAGAAGGAUCAGAACAAGGAAAACGAACCUGCUCGGAGAUCCUUGGAGUUCGGAAACCCAGGAGGAGGAGGAGAUUCAUUCUCCAGGAUCAAACCAUCGGAAUCUAAUGUUGGAAUAGGGAAACGUGCCAGGAGUAGCAGCCCGGAGUUUGAUGGAUUUGAAAGUUUUGAAAACUCUAUUUCAUCUCCAAAUCCAUACUUGGGAACUAAACGUGCCAAGGACACAAAUUCCAAAGAGUCGACUCCAACCAAUAAAAGAUUAAAAACCUGUGAUGUUUUAUCUCAGUUCUCCCAGUCGCAGACUCCUUGUAGCUAUAAAGUUCCAAUACUCGGAGAGAGGAAAGUGUACAGAAGAAUACCGGAUACUGAUUAUCUAGCAAUCACACACUCAUCCGGGGAGCGCUAUUAUGUCAGGAUGAUAAGUGAAGAACCUAGCCUGGAGAAGAAUCUGGGAACAAGUCUCCAACCUGUCGGACUCUGUGGAGUUCCCUUCCAUGAGCUACAGGAGCAGGCGGGGAAGGAGUUGAAGAGUAAUCUACCCCCAGAGGAGGAUGCUACAGUAGACUCCGGGAUAGAGUCAGGAGACGAGGAGAUACAAACUCAGCUCUGGGUAGAGAAGUUUAAACCAAGAUCUUAUCUGGACUUGCUGAGUGAUGAUGGAACGAAUAGAAUUCUUCUGCUUUGGCUCAAACUCUGGGAUAAACUUGUCUUUAAUAGAGAGAAAGCAAAGAAGGAACCUAAGAAGGUUGACGAGACUUUUCAGUUCAAAUCCUUCCUCCCCGAGGUAUUAGAGGAGUUGGAUGAGGCAGGCCGACCUAAACAGAAGGUGGCAUUACUUCAUGGUCCUCCAGGUCUGGGUAAAACUACCCUAGCUCAUAUUGUUGCUCUGCAUGCCGGAUACAAGGUGGUUGAAAUGAACGCCUCCGACGAUAGAUCUAUCGACGCAUUUAAGAAGAACCUUGAAUCAUCAACACAAAUGCGAAGCGUUCUGUCCCAGGAUCAGCGACCGAAUUGUUUGAUAAUUGACGAAAUUGACGGAGCUCCACCAGCGACAAUCAACUACUUAGUUUCAGUUCUCACAGGACAACAGAAAGGGAAGAAGAAGAAUAAGGAUAUGUUGGUUCUACGACCCAUUAUUUGUAUCUGCAACGAUCUUUAUACUCCGGCUCUGAGACCUCUCAAGCAACUAGGUUUAGUUAUACCAUUCCCUCCCACAUCAUCCAACAGGUUAGCUGGACGAUUGCGUGAGAUUGCUCGGAAGGAGACGAUGAAAACUGAUUUAACUGCUCUUCUAGCACUGUGUAAGAAGACGGAUAAUGAUAUUCGCUCAUGUCUCUCCACUCUUCAGUUCUUUAAGAGACGUGGAAAGGUUCUGAGCUCCGCUGAUAUUGCCGGUGUUGCCGUUGGAGUAAAGGACUCACAGAAGAGUUUGUUUAGUGUUUGGGACGAAAUAUUUACAAUUCCAAGUUCAAACGAUACGUCGUACAAAAGGAAGGAUAAUAAGAAUCCCUCUAAUACACCGGCCAAUAGGUAUACGAGCGUGUUUUCUGCGAUUGCCAGCUGUGGAGAGUCGGAGCGAAUUAUCUCAGGUGUUUUUGAGAACUACCUGAACGUCAAGUUCAAAGACUCGGAGCUGAACAACGUAGUGGAAGGUGGAGAAUGGUUUACUCACUUUGAUAUCCUCCAUCAGGAGAUGAUGCACUCACAGAACUAUUCUAUCAUGGGACAUCUACACUUCCCUAUACUAGCCGCACACUUCCUCUUCUCAUCAAUAAGUAAAACCAAACUCUCUUUCCCAACACAGAAUACAGAGUUUAGAAACCGACUCACUCAGAGCAAUAAUGUUCUAGAGAGUGUGAAGGGUGAGAUGUCUCCUAAGACCCGAGUUUACUGUUCCCGGAGUACAUUGGUCCAAGAUCUUCUCCCAACCCUGCUCUCCGUAAUCCAACCUGUAUUCCGUCCCGUCAACACUCAGUUGUAUUCAAGCAAGGAGAAGGCGGAGCUAGCCAACCUUGUCAGUAUACAUAUAGCAUACAACAUCACUUACCAACAACAAAGGAAUAUGGAAGGACAGUAUGAAUACAAGAUGGACCCUGACGUAGAAAGUGUGGCAACCUUUCCAGAUGUUAAGCGUGUAGUUAAUCUAACAUAUGGAUCCAAGCAGUUGAUUGCUCACGAGAUAGAACUUGAGAAGAUGAGAAGAGUGGAUGUAGUGAAUGCUAGAAUAGCUGCUGAGAAUAAAACUAACGCAAAACUAAACGCAAAGAGUGCCCAGUCCUCAACCCCAACCCGGAGCAAACAUCCGUCUGGUAAACCUGGUGAGAGAGGAAGACGAGGUUCAGGAACCCCUGGAUCUACUCCGGUUGGAAGUAAGACGACAACGAGUCAUCUCGCUAAACUAACUCCUAAGCAGAUUAACAUCAAAGAGAGGAAGGCUACAGACUUUUUCGGUCGAGUUAUUGAGAUCUCCGAGACCCAGAAGAAGAAGGAAAGUAUAUCUGACGAGAUUGUGAAAACAGAUGUAUGGUUCAGGUUCAAGGAAGGGUUCAGCAAUGCUGUACGGAGAAAUGUCAAGUUGAAGGAUUUACUCUAGGCGGGAGAAAUGUGAAGGAGUAUCUAUUCUUGGCUCGUGAGAUCACUGUGAAUUGUUUAUCUUAAUAUCAACUCAUUUAUAUUUUUAUAUUGAUACUGCAUAUGUAUGAAAUGAAUGAAAAAUAAGAUUGUAAUUGUGCAGGAA